AUGCAAAAGGCAGGGGAUUGGAACCUGAGUGCCAGAGCUUGCUUUCCCCAGUGAGCACUUAUUCAGAACAUCUAGCCCUUUAAGAAAAAAUAGGUACUAACAGUUGCAACUUAGCAACCUAUGGGUUGUCUAAGCAACAGAACACUGCCUUAGUCUCCUGUUCGCUAGGGAAGUGUGGAGCUGAAUCACAGGGAAUCUACCACUGCCUGACAUAUAGCAAGACAUCUGUGCCUCUCCCUGUGGGAUAAUGAAUAAACUAAGCAGCAAAGAGUCACAUUUUUGAAUAGAAGAUACAAAAGAAGGCAGAAGAAGCAGGCCUUGUUGUGCCUGUUUUGUUAUGUGUGAGAGCCCUGCAGCUCUGAUCAAAUGAAAAUGAUGACAUGAAGACCUCUGUAUGCAAAACAAUUGCAUGCCUUCUGCCAGAAGACUUCGAAGUAAGAAGAGCAUGUCAGCUCACUGACUACUUACUUGAGCCAAGCGAGGAAAGAUACAGUCUACUAGAAGAGCAUUACCUGCAACAAGAUAAAAAAUUGGAUGGAAAAAACUCUUUGUGUUGUGAGCUGCUGUUGGCUUUAAAGGUGUAUUGGCCAUUUGAUCCAGAAUUUUGGGACUGGAAAACUCUGAAGCCACACUGUAGAAGAAAAGAAGUUUCUGAUUCAGGGGAUGAUCUGAGUUGCAGGAAGAUGUCUUUCAAUGAAACUGCUAUGCUAGAUGUUUUCCUAAGUGAUAGUGAAGAUAAUAAUUCUGAAGGUCAAGAUACAAUAAAUCAGCCUAAAGUGAGAGUUAAAAAGCCCAUUGGGUCCUCAGAAAGGUACCAGAGAUGGCUUCAGUACAAAUUUUUCUGUGCUAUUUGCAAAAAGGAAUGUAUAGAGGCCAGAAUACUUCACCAUUCUAAGAUGCAUAUGGAAGAUGGCAUUUAUACAUGCCCAGUGUGUAUAAAAAAGUUCAAGAGGAAGGAUGUCUUUGUGAAGCAUGUGAUGGAACAUGUAAAAAUGCCUCCGAGUAGGAAAUACCGUGGUAAGAAGAAGUUGCUGUUGAAGAAAGAGAGGCUGGCGAUGAGCAGUCUAGCCAGAAUUGCUUCUGUGGCUCUUGGAGAACAACCCAGAACUGACACGCAGGAUUUUGUCACGUUUAGUAAGCUAGAAAACUGCCACUUGCAGGGCAGGGACCUGUACCCAUGCCCAGGCACGGAUUGCUCCAAGGUGUAUAAGCAGUUCAAGUACUUAAGUGUCCAUUUGAAAGCAGAACACGAAAAUGAUCAAAAUGCAAUGCACUACAUGGACAUGAAAAACAGGAGAGAGAGGUGUGCAUACUGCAGGCGGCAUUUUGUUUCGGCAUUCCAUCUGCAGGAGCAUGAACAUGUUCACAGUGGCCCUCAGCCGUACAUGUGUGUGUCAGUGGGCUGCUAUGCUAGGUUUGGAUCAGUGAAUGAGCUGCUCCAUCACAAACAGCAACACGACAAUCUGCGUUAUAAAUGUGAGCUCAGUGGCUGUAACAUUGUUUUCAGUGACUUGGGGCAGCUCUACCACCACGAAGCCCAGCAUUUUAGGGAUGCUUCCUAUGCAUGCAACUUUAGUGGCUGUAAAAAAUUCUACUAUUUCGAAACAGAGUUUACGGAUCACAUGUCAAUGCAUAUUACAAAUGGUCAAAUUAAGAAGGUACAGAUUAAGCAGGAGGAAAAUGUUUCUGGGGACAGUCUUACCUGCCUUUCAGAUUUGGAAGUGUUUGAACAAAAAGACCCCGCCUGCCUACAUGAGAGUCUUAAUUUGCCUUCAGGAUCUACAAAUUCAGAGGCAAUCCAGCAGGUUAAGCAAGAAUCUACAAACUCAGAGGGAAUCCUGCAAGUUAAACAAGAAGCUAUGUUUGAUGGAGAGGUAGAUGUUAAAGUAAUGACAGUUUAAGAAGCAAUAUUGGACCCCCUAGCCAGUGUGAUGCAGUUGGUGCCAUUGACUGAAGCAGUAGAUUUGGCCCGGCAACUCCUUUCUCUUAAACUCCCAUGUUAAAAUGUUUUGAUCUGGGUUAAGCAGAUAUAUAGCUAUUUUAGUCUAACAUAGUGUUUUAUUGUCCAACAUAGAAUUUUAAAAUCCAUCUCUGGUUAUUUUUGUGCUUUUUAAAACUGUUUUUUAGUUUUUAUUAUACUUUGUACAUCACAUUGAGAUAAACAUAUUUGGAACGCAACGAGUUAACGACUUAACCAAUUUAUUCGGGCAAAAGCUUUUGAUUGCCUCAGUCCCACUUCAUGAUGUGUAAUCGUAAAGUGGUAAGAAUAUAAAUACAUUAUUCUGGCAGUGUCUUUCUGUAUCAUGGUCUAACAUAAACAGGGCUUUUCAGGGCUGUUCUGAGACAGAUCCCAAGGUGUUGGCUGCUAUUAGAAUACAUUUCCUUGGAUCUCCGGGUUCUGAUCAAUUUUAAUACAUUUCAGUGGAAGGAAAAUGUCAAAAACAGUGCAGGAAAUUAUGCAGUUUUUUUGUGAUGUUUGAGGACUAAAAUAAAGAUAACAAAUAUGA